AUGGUGGUUUCAUUUAGCUCCCAGGACCCGGAGAAUCCUGUCAAUUGGUCAAUGAGAAAGAAACUGUUUGUUCUGACAUCUGGAGUCUUGGGGGUCCUUAACAGUACCCUGGGGAGCUCUCUCCCCAGUGGCGCAGUGCUCUAUAUCGCACGGGACUUCGGGAUCGAAGGUAGUGAGCAACUGGCCCUGCCCAUCUCUAUGUUCCUCAUUGGUUACGUUGUUGGUCCUAUCAUAUGUGGCUCGUUAUCUGAAGCUUAUGGACGAAAGCCGAUUAUUGUCGGUGGAUUCAUGGGCUUCAUGGCAUUCACACUUGCGUGCGCCGUGUGCCAGAAUUGGGCUUCACUUUUGGUGUUGAGGCUCCUUGUCGGGGUGGUGGCAUCCGCCCCAGUGGCCGUGGUUGGCGGCUUGUUUGCCGAUAUACACGAUGAUCCGAGGGAGCGCGGGCGAGUAAUGGCAUAUUUCAUGGCUGCGACGACGAUUGGACCUGUUGCCGCUCCGUUUAUCAGCGGAUAUGUCGCCGUGGUUAGUUGGAGGUGGGCUUUCUGGGUAGGGCUAAUAUUCGCGGGGAUCACUCUUCCGUUCGUGGUAUUCAUGCCUGAAACAUAUGCUCCGAUAUUACUUCAAAGAAGAGCGAAGAAAUUGCGUCAAGAGACUGGAAACAAUAACAUCGUUGCCCCAAUUGACCUCGAAAAGCGAGACUUGAAAGCCACGCUAACGGUAACCUUAACACGCCCGAUACGGAUGCUAGUCUACGAAUCCAUUGUUCUAUUUAGUUGUUUGUAUCUUGCGAUGGUAUAUGCUAUUUUUUUCCUUUUCUUCCAGGCAUAUCCGGUAAUAUUUCAAGAAGAUUAUGGUCUUAGAGCUAACAGAUUGGUAGUUGGUGGAGGCGCUUUUAUUUCUCUGAGUAUCUUUCUGUGGUGGGAUAGUAUUCUUUAUAAAGCAAAGGCCCGAGGUGCGAGCUGGGCCGCAGUCGAAGAAUAUAGACGUCUUCCGCUAGCAUGCCUAGGCGGACCAUUAUAUGUCAUCGCCCUAUUUUGGCUCGGCUGGACAGCAAAGCCAGAGAUUCACUGGGUUGUUCCGGCACUGUCCGGCAUCCCUUUUGGCAUGGGCUUUCUGCUGAUCUUCAUGGCGAUUCUGAAUUAUAUCUCUGACGCGUACGAAACCUUUUCUGCCAGUGCACAGUCUGCAGCGAGCUGUACCCGGAGCAUAUUUGGCGCCGCUCUUCCUAUCGCAGCCGUCCCGAUGUUCAACAAGCUGGGCCCCAACUGGUCAUGUAGCCUGUUGGCGUUCUGUAGCCUGGUGAUGUCGGUGAUUCCGUUUACGUAUAUCAAAUAUGGGACGCGGAUUCGAGCGAAUAGCAAGUUUUGUCAGCAUCUGAAGGAGUUAAAGGAGCAGCGGAGAAGAGAAGAGGAGGAUGAAGCAAGAUGUGACAGGGCCAAAAAUGACGAGAAAGCUUUGUCGUUGGAUGCAGUGGAGAAAGUACUAUAG